AGGAGCUCUGGCCUGUCAUUCUCAAGUUCACACAGGUGAGGGUGCUGCUAAAGGAAUGUGCAGAGAGCGAGUGAGCAAAGGACAGAAAGAAAGGUGAAACGACCUUGUUGCCUCACAAAGUCAGCGAAAGAAAGGGAGGGUGUUGCCUGCGACCCACCUGAACAGCUUGAGCAAAAGAGGAGGGACCAGACACACAUUCACUCUUAAACACAAGUUGUAUCUGGGGGGAAUAUUUAGUUGAUUGUGCACAGCCCCAAGUGGGGUAGGGAGGGAACUUUUUCCUGCAAGAACAAGAAGUUUCCCUGUUGUUUGGAUUUGUGAAGACAGGUGGAAAACAAGGUUCUUCUCCCUCUUCGGUUAAUCAUUGGAAACAGGAGAGAGAAUUAAGGAUUUUCUUUUAGAGAACUUUACUGUUUGUGGUUGGACUCUGGGACUUGGAUUGGGAAACAACAAACUAAGAGACUGAAAUGGGAGGAUGGGCGCUGCGUCUCUCUGUGGGGAUCUACGUUCUCAUGCUCGCUGUGACAGCCAGCCGUGCUAAUGAGGUGAACUACUGUACUGCUGCCGGGGCAAAAACCUGCUCAGAAUGUAUCCAGAUCGGCACAAGAUGUGCUUACUGCCCUGAUGAGAUCUUCGAGUAUGAGCGUUGUGACCUGAAGGAAAACUUGGAGGCCCGUAAAUGUAGUAGUCGGAUGGUAACAAUUGAGAGCAACAGUAAAACUGUAAAGAAUACGACAAUUAAUAAGUCACUGACGUACUCUCAGGUGGCCCCUCAGCUAAUGAGCAUGACGCUUCUCCCCGGGGAGGAGAAGGUUGUGGAGAUGGAGGUGUUUGAACCAGCCCGUGGCCCUCUGGACCUCUACAUCCUCAUGGACUUCUCAAAUUCUAUGUCUGAUGAUCUGGCAAACUUGAAGAGGAUGGGAGACCAGCUGGCUAAGCUUGUUGGCAAACUCUCUGAUGAUUACACCAUCGGAUUUGGCAAGUUUGUGGACAAAGUCACCGAGCCUCAGACAGACAUGAGACCAGCUAAAUUAAAAGAGCCGUGGGCCAACGCCGACCCUCCGUUUUCAUUCCGUAACGUCAUCACUCUCACAAAAAACAUAGAAACCUUUAGAGAGAAGCUCCAGCAAGAGUGCAUAUCUGGCAACCUGGAUGCCCCCGAGGGGGGUUUUGAUGCCAUCUUACAGGCUGCUGUCUGCCAGGAACAAAUUGGCUGGAGGGAAGACAGCACCCACUUGCUUGUCUUCUCCACUGAAUCAGCUUUCCAUUAUGAGGCAGACGGUGUCAAUGUGCUUGCGGGCAUCUUGGAUCGUAACGAUGAGCAAUGCCAUCUGACUUCAGAUGGAAAUUACACACAUGAUACUCGUCAAGACUACCCAUCUAUACCCACCCUAGUGCGACUUCUGGUGAAACAUAACAUCAUUCCAAUCUUCGCCAUUACUAACCACUCCUAUUCAUACUACGAGAAACUCCAUGAAUACUUCCCUAUUGCUGAGCUGGGACGUUUACAAGAAGAUUCCUCCAACAUCUUGAGCAUUUUAAAAAAUGCUUUUGAAAGUAUUCGUUCCAAGAUCAGUAUCCGUGCAGAGGACAGACCAAAGGCGGUGAAAGUCGACAUACUCCCUCAGUCUGGCACUUUUUCUGAAUCUGGCAGUUAUAAAAUCACACCAGGUGAAAUUGGUAAAUUUAAAGUCAGUCUGAAGGCUCUUACUCAGGUGGGAGAGCAGCAUGUGUGUAAUGCCAGCCAGGCUGACCGGGCUGGAACCUUAAGAAUCAAACCAACCACAUUUAGCUCCGCCUUCAGAAUAAACGCCGAAGUGCUCUGUCAUACAUGUGACUGCGAAAAGACUCCGGUUAAGAAAGCAGUGCGCUGUAAUGGCCAAGGAGAUCUUGUCUGUGGGAAAUGCAAGUGUUAUGAUGGAUGGCUAGGCCCUUUCUGUAACUGUUCAGUAGGAGUCUCCAUGGGCUCUGCCAAGUGCAUCGAACCUGGGAAGAACGAGUCUUGCUCGGGCAGAGGAGACUGCAUGUGUGGGACCUGUGUGUGCUAUAACCCAUUCCAGUUUGAAGGGCCCUUCUGCCAGUUUGACAAAUCUCAGUGUCAGAGAUUUGGUGGAUUUCUUUGUAAUGAACGUGGAAGCUGCAGUAUGGGCAGAUGUGUUUGUACACCAGGAUGGAUUGGAGAUGCCUGUGAAUGUCCCAUCAGCAACGUAUCAUGUCUGGACAGCAAAGGGGGCAUCUGUAAUGGCCAUGGUGACUGCAUAUGUGGUCGUUGUGAGUGUCAAAAAUCCGGACUUCCACUGAGCUCCACUUGUGAAGCAAACUUCCAGCAACAAUUGGGUAUGUGUGAAGACAAGAGGAGCUGCGUUCAAUGCCAGGCCUGGAACACUGGAGAGAGAAAAGGACGGAAAUGUAAUGAGUGUCCCUUUAAAAUCGUCAUGGUGGAAGAGCUUGAAGACCAUAAAAAAGUAAUAGAGACAUGCAGUUUCCGUGACGAAGAUGAUGACUGCACAUAUCACUACACUGUUAAUUAUCCAAUGAACAUCACAGACAAAGAACACCACAUCCUAGUAAAGAAAAAGAAAGACUGUCCACCUGCAGGUUUCCUGUGGUUGAUUCCUCUCAUUAUGUUUCUGAUGCUAUUGCUUGGUUUGCUUUUGCUCUGCUGCUGGAAAUACUGUGCCUGCUGCCAGGCAUGUCUUGCUUUUCUCCCAUGCUGCAGAGGUCGUAUGGUGGGAUUCAAAGAAGACCACUAUAUGCUACGUCAGUCUUUGUCGACCACUGAUCAUUUGGACACCCCAAUGGUGCGCACCGGCCCACCGAAGAGCACAGAUAUUGUGCGCUGGAAAGUGACGGACAAUGUGCACCGAGGACCAAACCACCCACAGAACCAAAUCAAACCCAACCCCAAAGAGACCAUCCAGUACCCCAUCUCUCUUCGUUUGAACCGGCAAUAUUCAGAAACUCUAUCCAAAGAGUCUCGGGACACAGAUAAGCUCAGGCAAGAAGUAGAGGACAACCUCAAUGCCGUGUUCCUGCAGAUCCCUGGCGCACAGAGAGUGCAAAAGACUCUGUUCAGGACACAAAGAAAUUCUGGAAAGAGACAGAACAACACGAUUGUAGACACGGUUUUAUCUGCCCCUCGUGCCAGUUACCCAGAUAUAGUGAAACUGACAGAUAAACAGGUUCAGGCUGGAAACUUCCGGGACCUGAAAGUGGUUCCAGGCUACUACACCGUAGCUACUGACAGAGAAGCGGCAGGUGCUGUGGAGUUUCAGGAGGGCGUGGAGUCAGUGGAUGUCCGAGUUCCCCUCUUUAUGAAAGAUGAGGAUGAUGAAAAGAAGGAGCUGCUUGUUCAAGCCGUCGAUGUUCCAGUUGGACUUGCGAAGAUCGGCAAAGAUCAUGUCAACAUCACUGUGAUUAAGGAACAUGCUAGAAGCAUCUUUACCUUCCUGCAGCCGUCAUACACCUACAGUCGUCAGGAUGGUGUGGCAAACAUCCCGAUCAGUCGUGAGAUCAUAGAGGACGGACGGACACAGGUCACAUAUUGCACCCGUGACCUCACUGCCAAAGACAAGAAGGACUAUAUCUCAGUUGAUGGAGACUUGAGUUAUGGUCCAGGGGAAACACAGAAGACAGUCCCAGUGAAACUCUUGGAGCUUGGGGAGGGAGAUGGACUGCUAGAGGACAAACAAGUCAAACAGUUUGUGAUGGAUCUGAGCAACCCACGACAAGGUGCUAAACUGGGCCGCUACCCACGCACCACUAUCACCAUCACAGAUAAACCAGAACCCAGUGUUUUGAUGUUUAAGAAGAGUACUCAGACUUACAAUACAACUGACCUGCUCUACUCCAUCCCUGUGGUACGCACUCGAAACCAGGAGGGUUCGAACACUGUGUACUGGCGCACAAACAAAGCCUCACGCUUCGACCUCUCCAGUCCUCUCAAAUUUGUUCCUGGUGAGUCGGAAAAGAACGUCGUCAUUGAUCCUCAUUUGUAUCCAUCUCCCGUUAUACCUGAGACCUUCCAACUGGAACUAUUCGACCCAAGCAACAAUGCAAUCAUUGGAGAGAGGAAAACCACGCUGGUGAAAGUCAUUGAUGGUAGAGGGGAUGGGAAACUGGGUUCCCGGAAAAUAGAACAUGUGAAUCAGUCACCCACAUCUCCUGGAGGACGCCUCUACGCCCCAACCAACAUCAAAGCUGUUGCUUCCGGCCCUAAAAACAUCCGCCUGAACUGGAACCCCAGUGCAAAUGCCAGUGGUUACAAGGUGAAGUACUGGAUUUAUGGAGAUCCUGAGGCUGAUGCUCAGGUGCAGGAUGUGAAGACUCCUCAAGCCGAGCUGACUAAUCUCUACCCAUACUGUGACUAUGAGAUGCGUGUAUGUGGCUACAAUGCACUCGGAGAGGGCAAUUACACCGAGAUCAUUCAAUGCCAGACUCUAGAGGAUGUACCUGGUGAACCUGGUCGCCUGGCUUUCAAUGUCAUCAGUCCCACUGUCACUCAGGUCAGCUGGGCGGAGCCAGCAGAGACGAAUGGUGUCAUUACUUCAUAUGAGGUUAUCUACACACCCAUCGACGAGAAAAAGAAGCCUAUAGGACCUUCUAAGAAGGUAAUGAUUGACAACCCCAAAAAGCGCAUGCUGCUCAUCGAGAACCUGCAGCCUUCUCAGACCUACUGUUACAAAGUGCGUGCUCGCAAUAAGGUUGGCUGGGGCCCAUACAAAGAUGCCACAAUCAACCUGGCUACACAACCUACCAGACCCAUGUCAAUUCCCAUCAUUCCUGACAUUCCCAUUGUGGAUGCAGAAGCUGGAGAUGAAUAUGACAGCUAUCUGAUGUACAGUAAUGAAGUACUACGAUCCCCAACGGGUAGCCAGAGGCCUAGCGUCACAGAUCCGACUGAUGGCUCACGCUGGAAGCAUGUCCAGCUAGUCGGUUCGGACCUGGAUCUCCGUAAGGUGUCCUGGAAACUGCCUGCUGACAUCAUCCCCUGCCGCCUGAGCCCGGCCACAGAUGCCAGCGAUAGUCAUGCACAGACCCUGCCACAAGAUCAGUUUGUAAAUGGAAAGUGGGACCAGAAUUUCCUGUUCCUAGGAGGAAGCGGUUCCCUUUCCCGCAACAUCAGUUCCUCCUCAUCCACGUUUGACCAUUCCACACCCCGUCUCGGUGUGACCAAUAACAGCAGCACCACAACUUACAUUUCUGGCAUAGGAGGUUCAACAACACACAGAUAUGAUCUUAGGGAUGGCGGACUUCUCAAAGAAGAAGUGAUUCUGAGGAAACGUUCUGAGAACAGACAUUACACAGACGAUGAUGGAGUGAGAGAUUCUAUCAUCAUGGGAAACCUAUCUGGUGGAUUUUUGGACAGCUUGGGGGUCUCUAGCUUCAGCCAGAGUACAACUACCAGCUACAGCUUGAGCUCCAGAGCUCGUACUCAGUCUGAAGAUAUCAACGAUACACUGCAGAACCUGGAUAGUGUUCUUCAGGACUCUCGGUUCAACCCGGGUGUUCCUGAGACUCCCAGCAGACUGGUGUUCUCUGCCCUGGGGCCCACGGCCCUGAAAGUGAGCUGGCAGGAGCCCCACUGUGAGACCGAUGUACUGGGGUACUGCAUCCUUUACCAGCUUCUCAGUGGAGGUGAGGUAAAGCGUAUCGAGGUGAACAAUCCCGCUCAGAACUCUGUGGUGGUUCAGGAUCUUCUGCCCAACCAUUCCUACAUCUUCAAAGUGAAGGCCCAGAGUCGAGAGGGCUGGGGUCCUGAGAGAGAGGGAGUAAUCACCAUUGAGUCUGCUGUCGACCCCAAGAGUCCACUGAGCCCAAUGCCAGGAUCUCCAUUCACACUCAGCACUCCCAGUGCUCCAGGACCUUUGAUCUUCACAGCUUUGAGUCCAGACACACUACAGCUGAGCUGGGAGAAACCCCGCAAACCCAAUGGGGACAUCCUGGGCUAUGUGGUUACCUGUGAACAGCUGCAUGGUGGAGGAGAUCUUCGCUCCUUCCAGGUGAAUGGCAAUGCUGCAACUUCUUUGACUGUGUCUGACCUGAAAGAAAACAUGCCGUACAAAUUCAAAGUUCAAGCCCAGACCACACAGGGCUUUGGACCGGAGCGAGAGGGCAUCAUCACCAUCGAAUCCCAAGAUGGAGGCUCCAUGUCACAGUACAACAGUCAUUCAGUCACAAAGAGAGAAGUGUUCAACCUACCAACAGACAUUACUUCACACACCAUGUUCUCAGAACCUUUCGUGUCUCCAGAAGGUAUGAUGAUGAUGUCGAGCAGACAGAUCACAGAGUCGGGCGGCACCAUGACGCGGCAGGUGGAGAUGGUGCAGAGAGGAGUGAUGUCCAGCAGCACCGUCACUAAGAAGGUGGAGAGACAGUACUAUUAACUUCCUUUUGCCUUCAACUGAAAUCACGUGGCAGAGCAGCAGCAAAAACAUACGCUCAAGUCAAACUAGAAAAGUUCACAGACCAAUGUGCACAAUAUAUGGUGUUUAUGUGAGCAUGAGAACAGCGGAGUUCUUGGAUUCUUCAAACCUUGAUAUUUUGUUGACUGUAAAGACUCAAAAAACCUUUUAGUGUUAUCUUAUUGCUUCCAAACUGGUAUUUGUUAAAACUUUUGGCAUUAAACCGUUUCAUGUAGUAUAUGCGAGGAAUGUUAUUGACGUUUGUGGCGUGGGAUACGGUUCUGUUGCUCAUUUGAGCUUAACUGCAUUCAUUUUGACGAGGCUUGAAUUUGGCAGGUUUCAUGAUGUUUAUAUCAUUGAUGUUGCUUUCAAGUUUCAAGAUGCAUCACGUUUUUUGAGCAUGUAGGUUUUCUAAAUGCAUUUUCACAUAAAAUAUGCCAUGUCUCUUGAUUUAGAGUGUAUACUUCAACUUGUUAGUAUUUUUCCUCCUAAUUCAAUUAUUUUUUUUGUUAAGCGUUGCAUAAAAUGUUGCAACACAUGAGUGCAUACAUAUGGACUUGAUUCUUAGGAUUGUAAAUAUGUUACUGAGGUUUGUUUUUUAUUGCCUGGUUGCAAGAUGUGCUGUUGUAACUUUAGGUCUGUGGCUGUAUUUCAGAUGACAUAUAAAGUCUGCCAGGUUUGUACACUACUGGCAAUAUGGAAAAAUGUUACCAAUCUCACACCUAUGCAAUUACAUUUUUACUACCUUUAAUAAUUUGUAUGGUACUUUUGUCUUGGGAACAUAUCUUUUUUUUUUAGAGUUUUAUGUUAAAAUUGCAUUUCACCAUCAUAUUUGUAGUAUGCAAAACGUCUCACUGCACAUUAGUUCAUCUUACCAAUAAAUCAUCCUACCACAGUCGA